AUGUCUCAGCGCCUACAAACUCAUAAAAUACCGCUGUCCCACUGGUGCCCCGAGACGCGCAUGCUGGGAGUUGGAGCCCCAGCGGGUGAGCCAGGGACCUGGGGGGAACCUCCAGCCCCAGCUCCCGGCCCCCAGAUUGACGGUCCCGGCCUGGCUCUGCCCCGGCAGACCCUUGCCCUUCCCCUUUCUGCUUCCCCCCUUCCCUCUACCGUGUGCUCCCCUCGUCCCUGCUGGUCCUGCUGCUGUCUGCUCCUCUGUUUCUCCCUGGGAGUCCAGGGGUCCCCAAAGGCUCCCAGCGCUGCCCCUGAGCAAGCCCACCUGUCCUACCCAGGUGAGACAGGCUGCAUGACUGUAACUUGGACCACAUGGGUCCCAACCCCCUCGGAAGUGCAGUUGUUCGGGCUGCAGCUAGGGGGGCCCCUGCCCCUCCGGGCUCAGGGCACCUUCAGCCCCUCUAUGGAUGGGGGCAUUCUCUGGCGGAAGCUCUACAUACACGACCGAAUCACACUGCAGGGGCUGCUGCCCAGGGUCCAGUAUGUUUACUGCUGUGGCAGUACUCAGGGCUGGAGCCGUCGGUUCCUCUUCAGGGCCCUGAAGACUGGGCCCCACUGGAGCCCCUGUCUGGCUGUGUUUGGGGACAUAGGGACUGACAAUCCUAGGGCCCUACCCUGACUGUGCAGUGACACCCAGCAGGGCAGGUACGACGCUGUUCUUCAUGUGGGAGACUUUUUCUACAACAUGGAUCAGGACAACGCUCACGUCAGGGACAAGUUCAUGAAUCUCAUUGAACCUGUGGCCGCCAGCCUGCCAUACACGUGUCCUGGGAAUCACAAAGACCGCUACAACUUCUCCAACUACAAAGCUCGCUUCAUCAUGCCAGGGGACAGUGAAGGCCUGUGGUACCGCUGGGAUCUGGGCCCGAUACACAUCAUUUCCUUCUCCACCGAGGUAUAUUUCUUUCUCCAUUACGGCCACCUGGUAGAGAGACAGUUUCGCUGGCUGGAGAGCGACCUCCAGAAAACCAAUAAGAACCCAGCAGCCCCACCGUGGGUCAUUACCACGGGUCACCGGCCCAUGUACUGUUCCAGUGCUGAUUGGGAUGACUGCACCUGGCAUGAAAGCAAGGUUUGCAGAGGCCUCCUUGGCAAGUUCUAUGAGUUGGAGGAUCUUUUCUAUAAAUACGGGGUGGACCUGCAGCUGUGGGCUCACGAACGCUCCUGUGAAUGCCUGUGGCCAAUUUACAACUACCAUGUAUUUAAUGGCAGCCGAGAGAUGCCCAACACCCACCCUUGUGUCCCCGUCCACAUCAUCACCGGAUCUGCCGGUUGUGAGGAGCGGCUGACCUCCUUAACCCUCUUCCCGCAGCCCUGGAGCACCGUGCGCAUCAAAGAGAACGGGUACACACGGCUACACAACCUCAAUGAGACCCGUGUCCACAUCCAGCAGGUGUCUGAUGACCAGGAUGGGAAGAUUGUGGACCAUGUCUGGGUGGUGAGACCUCUGCUUGGCCAGAUGAUGUACCUCUGGGGAUGGAGACAGCUCUCAUCAGGAACCCUGGGCCUUGCUACCUAGGCUGGGGUACCCAGGCCCGGGAGGGUGUCAGGGAGGUCCUCGACUCCUCUACCUUCCUAGGUCCCAUGUGGGGUGGAUGCGGCCCUGAGGGAGCUGGAGCAGCUCUCUCCUCCCCGAGAGGUGGGGGUCCCAACCUGCUGUGUUGGGAGAGCAGCUGUACGGACAAAGUGAAGCAAGACAGGUCUUGGGUGGCACAACCCUGCCCUCCUGCAUAGCACUGACUGGGCAGAGUGUCCACAGGGCCUCAGGAGUAAAGAGGCUUAUGGCUGUGUCUCCGUGGACUCUGAACUUUUGCUGGGGAUGCCCCACUGGCCCGACUCCUCUCCUGACCACGGAGCAAGGGCCAUCACCAGCCCCAAGUCAGCAGGGUGGGCAUGGCUGUCAUGACACCAUUGUCCAGCAGGUGGCGAUGGUGACUUUCUCCUCCAGGCCGGCCCUUAGUGCCAAUCAGAGGCCUGUCUCCAACGGCCCAAGGAGCAGUAACCAGUGUCCUUCGUGCCUCAGUUUCCCAGCCUGGCACUGACUUAUCCUGGAAGACGGGAAGUGUUAACACUCCUAACUUCCAACUGGGGCAGCUGACAAACUUAGGAGCUCACGGAGCUGCCAUUUUCCUCCCUUUUUAAAUUUUUCCCCCUCCCCCUGUUUCCCUUCUUCCUUUCCUGUAUUCAAUCGGUAUUUAUUGAGCACCUGUCAUGUGCCAGGACCUGUUCUCCAUGCUGUGAACAACACAGAGAUGUCUGCCCUCAUGGAGCCGACAUUCUAUCCAGGGUGUCGGACAGCAAACACAAUAAAUAAGUAAAACAUGUAAUGGUAAAUAGUGAUAAAUGCACAGAAAAAGCAGAAAGGGGGAUAGAGAGUAGUGGGGGGCAGUGGCAGUUUUCACGAGGGUGGUCAGGGAGACCUCACUGAGAGGGUGAUGUUUAGAUCUGAAGGAAUCUGAAGGGGAAGCCUUGUGAGCAGAGCAGUUCAAGCAGAGGAACACCUAAUGCACAGGCCCUGAGACAGAAGCACGCCCAUCCUGUCAGAGGGCAGAGGGAGUGAGAGGCAGAGUGGGGAUGAGGGCAGGGAGGUGACUGGGGCAGAUCGCGUGGGGCCUUGUGGGUCACAGGGAGGACUCUGUCCUUUAUCCUGAGUGACAUGGAACCAAGGGAGGGCUCUGAGCUGGGGAUGGACAGGAUCUGACUCCAGAAGUCCUAGGCAAAGGCUGGGCUCUGGCCCCAGGGCUGAGGGCUCCCCUGAGAGAAGCCUGUGAGCCCCUAGCUCUGGCUGAUGGCACAUGUAUUCCUCCAUUGCGCCAUGCAGUUUCAGCCUCCUCACAUCUUAUUCCCCCCCAGGCUCCACUAGGCCUAAGGCUCCUUGCAGUUUCUUCUUUCUUUUUUUAUUUACUUGGUUGUGCCAGGUCUUAGUUGCAGCAGUUGGGUUCCUUAGUUGCAGCAGGCAGUUUCCUUAGUUGCGGCUCACCGGCUUCUUAGUUGUGGCAUGUGAACGCUUAUCUGUGGCAUGUGGGAUCUAGUUCCCUGACCAGGGAUUGAACCUGGGCCCCCUGCAUUGGGAGUGUGGAGUCUUAACCACUGGACCACAAAUUUGUAAAUGCUCUUUACAUAUAAAGGACAGGAAGAUUUGCUUGCCAUCUAUAUAUUGCCACUGAUC